UUAUUAGUAGGGAGCCAUCUGAAAUAUGUACAGAAGGCUAAUUGAUCUAGACAAAAAACGUCUAUGCCGCUGGUAUGAAAUCACCUGACAGCUAAAGCAGCGACAUGAACUUGCUCAAUGUGGGGCUGCUUUCACCCGAAGCUUUUUUUUCCAAUUCGAAGGAAGCUGGACAGGUUAAUACCCCAGCACCUUGUCAUCCACUCGAAAUCACACAAUGGAGGGAGAAGAGCGGCCUAGAAAGAUCCAAAAAGUUGAUGUGACUGAGGCUCAUGAGUCCGAACCGUUAAUGACCGGUGCCAUUGAAAGCGCGCUUGACGAUACCUCCAAACACCACGAUGCGACACACGAGAUCCCCACUGCGGCCACAGAGAAGAAACCGGAGACGCCAACGCCUGGCCCAGAUGGAUCCGAACCUACCUCACAGAAGUUAUCAAAGAGACAGAUGAGAAGGCAAGCGCGGCGUGAACAAUGGGAAGCGGAACGAGAUUCGCGCAAGGUUGUUCGCAGGCAAAGGGCUGCUGAUAAGAAAAGCCGAAAACGCGCAGUCUGGGACGAAGCAAAUAAACAGGGCAAAAAUCCGUCAGAAGAGGUGCGAAAGCUGUUCCCAAAGACCGAGCGACCCCGAAAACCAACUAGGCUUCCACUUACUCUGGUUAUUGACUGUGGAUUCGACGACCUUAUGAUGGAAAAAGAGAGAGUUUCCCUAGCGCAACAACUUACCCGAGCGUACUCGGAGAAUAACAAAUCUCCAUAUAAUGCUCAUUUGGUCCUGUCAUCUUUCGAUAAAUUGUUGAAGGAGCGUUUCGAAACAGUACUUAACAGAACCCAUGAGAGCUGGCGAGGAGUUCGCUUCUUGACAGAAGAUUGGUUUUAUGCUGCGAACCAAGCCACCGAGUUAAUGCAAGGGUCACAGGGUGGGGAAUUGGAUGGGCCGUUCGCAGACAAAGCUGAUGCCAAACCGGAAGAUGGGGAGAUUGUAUACCUCUCCAGUGACAGCUCGGAAACAUUGACCGAACUCAAACCGUACAGCACUUAUAUCAUUGGCGGCCUAGUGGACAAGAAUCGACACAAGGGGAUCUGCCACAAGCGGGCAACUGAGCUGGGCAUUAAAACCGCGAAGCUACCGAUUGGAAGUUAUAUUCAGAUGGCUUCGCGCCCCGUCUUAGCGACGAAUCAUGUCGUGGAAAUCAUGGUACGGUGGCUAAAAUUAAGGGACUGGGGAGAGGCAUUUAUGCAGACACUGCCGGCACGAAAAGGGGGUGUUUUGAGGGACAGUGAAAAAGAUCAUUCGACGCCACAUGAUGACAAUGGCGAACCGUGCAGUGAGAAAGAAGCUGCACCGGAAACAAUUGAAACUGCUGACGCCGGUAAUAAUGACGCCGCCGAGGAUCACCAGCAAUCUGAAUAAAUGUACAACCCAAAGACUGCAAGUUCAGUGCUCCCAGUUUCAUCCUAUAUUGAAGGGAAUAGAAUCAACAUAGCAUUCUUAGAAUACCAAUAACUUUGAGCUGCAUUUCAAACGGCCUGCAGCCAUUGUACAAACUGAAAACGCCACCAAGAGUCGUUCUAGGCCUCUUUUUAUUGCUUUGCAUACAAAGCAAUUGAGAAAGUAGCAGGUAUAGAUAUUAUCAGUCGCGCUAUAAAUAUAGGCACCUGCAGGGUUGGUAUGUUUUUAAAGUAUAUAUGUUUUAUCGUCGUGUUCUAUUGCAGUGUAUACUUUCCGUUGAGAUCUAAUAUGAAUGAAACUAAACAGUUCUGCAUUGAAUAGCUAAUCAAUUAAUAUAUUACUGUACGAACUGG